UAGAAUUACAAACCCUAGUUUCUACUUUUCUCCAACUCCCUCGGUCCCUCUAGGUCGCCGCUCUCAGUCUCAGCCCUUCACCCUGCCCAUCUCCCUCCCUUUCGUCGCCCCAUUCACGACCUCACCCUGCCCAUCUCACUCUCAAUCCAGUCGCCGGCGAAGGCGAGGAUAGGCGGACAGCAUAUUCCAUCCCGCUAGAUAGCCGCCCAUCUCUCUCUCUUUUACAGCCUCGUAGACGGCCGGCGAAGGGAACUUACAGGUGACUCCCGACUCCGUCAGCUUCUCCAUGUCGCCGCCGCCAUAACAACCACCUCUCGCCGCACCGUUCGCCGCCAGAACACUGCACAGCAGCACAACCGCGAGUUCAGCGGCUGCACCAUUCGCCGCCAGAGCUUCACCUUUCGUUUGCCGCCGGCCGAAUGUCGAUGUCCACCACAGGAUGCUCUGAAUCUAAGGAAACAGUCAUUUGUUGAUAUCCAUUAGCAAUUGUUGCAAAUGGCAAAUGCUGUUGCUUUGAGUUGCACUGGCCUCCUUGAAUACGGUGUCAUUGCUAAAACAAGCAAUUCAAAUGUAAAGUGGGGAACUUUUAGUUCAAGAUCCUCAUCAAGUUCCUUUAGAGUUGGUGCUGUGCAGGACAGUGAAGGGCCUCGACGAUUAGUUGACAUUAUACGAAUCAUACCAGAUGUUUCACGCAAUUAUUUCAGAAGCCCGUCAAGAAGGGCACUCUUUGGCGGCAUCUCUCUCUUGGGUGGCUUCUACGUCGCCCAAACCAUCUCUCUUUCUUUCGGAGCUUUAGGUGUCAAUGACGUUAUAGCAGCAGUGCUGUGUGUUCUAAUUACGGAGUAUGUGACGAGGUUCUAUUACAGCAGGCCCAAGAUUACCUUCGCGGUCGCCCUUCUGAACAAUUUCAAGAUGGGUUUCACUUAUGGUCUCUUCAUUGAUGCCUUCAAACUAGCCAGUUGAAUUCUUCAGCUAGCUUCGUUUCUUAAUGUUUCCCCUUUCACUACUCUACAACUGUAUUAGCCUUUAUGUUCCCUAUCUUUGUUUCUGUUUCAUGGUAUUCCAUUUUGCUCCAUCGCCUUGGGGCUAUUCCAUAUUA